AUGUCAUCAAAGGCUGCCAUCCGCUUCCUCGCGGGCACGAAGAAGAAUCCCCUUGCUACCCUCCAUCUUACUUGCCACGUGAAGCCAGGUGCCAGCCGGGUGCGGGAAGGCAUCCUCGCGGUGUCGGACGAGGCGGUCGAGCUGUGCGUAGCGGCGCAGGCGCGGGAGGGCGAGGCGAACAAGGCGGUGGUGCAGCUGUUGAGCGAGGUUCUGAAAAGGCCCAAGUCGGAGAUCCAAAUCUCUCAUGGAAUGAAAUCAAGGGAGAAGACUGUCGUGGUCAAUGGGGUGCAAGGCACAGAGGAAGAGGCAAUCAAGAACGCACGAGAGAUGCUACAGGAUGCUGUCGAGAAGUCCUAG